AUGGCGCUCUAUCCCUUUGCAGGAACGCUAACAGGGACGUUGACCCGCGCCCGAACCGAACUGAACCCUGAAUACCUGGACCUCCGCUCCAGGGCCGAGCUCAACCCAGAAUACUGGACCCCGUGCACACCUCUAUCGCAGCGCCGCGUCACGUUUCACCUGCCAGACGGUUCUCAGGAGAGCUGCAGUGACAGUGGGCUGGGGGACCACGAGCCCACGCUCCUCUCAUGCCCUCUCCCUCUGGUGCAGGGCCAGGCGCAGGAAGACUUCUACCAACAGGCCUCCCCGGACAAGAGGACCGAAGCCGACGGGAACUCUGACCCCAACUCUGAUGGCCCCCUGGGACCCAGAGGCCUAGUGGAAGCUACAGAGAUGUGUACCCAGGAGUGUUUGGUGCUUGGCCACUCUGACAACUGCUGGAUGCCCCCUACCCUCGGCUCCUACAGCCAGCCCAAGUCUCCAGUUUCCAACUUCGCCACCCAGAAAGAGUGGGCCAAAGAGAAACUGCUCAACGGCCAUACUACCUUGACCCGGACCUGGAAGACCGAUAGUGGGCGGGACCAGUUUUGUGACAAGAAGCAAUUUGGCAGCGGGGAGGGACACUUCAGUAGCAGUGGCCACAUGGCUGACAUCCCAUUGGCUAGUUUGAAAUCCUACCAGCCAACCACUGGUCCAGACUCUCCGAAGGAACACCAGCUAUAAAAGGAGCACUGAUUGGGGGCAGCCAAUCUAAACAGGGCUGCGAUUGGAUAAUCUGAACAGGACAGAUGACGCAAGUUUCAAGAGUUUUCUUUUUCUUUUUUUCUUUCUUGUUAGUACUAUUUGAUUUAAGUCGAUGCUUGUGCUAUGUGAUAGUUACAUGUACUACGUAGGCCACUAGACUAGUACUGAUGCAGUGUACUCUACAAUUCAACUUCUGGCGAUGGAUGGAUGGAUGGAUGGAUGGAUGGAUGGAUGGCGCAAGAGAAGGUCUCUUGGGAUUCCCUUUUGAUGGACAAACCCCCGCCCCAAAAAUGAAACAUUUCCUCAUCACUCUGAUGGCAGGAAUAAAGGGGGUCGAAUCCACCUGGGAAAAAGGAAGUAUACGAUCCAGGCUACCUGGAAAAAUGGAACAAUACCUAAACAGGAAUUCAUAUACUCAACAGUAAAAAAAAAAAGAUCAACAAUAUUAUGGCUGACCAAUAUAUUCCAAUAUUGUGACGUGGUUGUUAUUGAGUUGUUUGAGACUAUAUUAAUCUACACAAUCAAAGAAAAACGGAGUUACAGGUUACGUCCAAAAUGGUACCCUAUUACGUAUUUAGUACACUACUUUUAACCAGGGUCCUAGGACUUUGGUCAAAAGUAGUGCACUACAUAGGGGGAAUAGGGUGCGAUUUGGGAUGUUAAAAAAAAAGCCCCCUACAAUUCCAGUAUAGGAAGGCGUGCGUUGUUCUGAUGGAUAACACUGUUAAGUGGACACUUGUCUAGUCUGUCAAUAGUCUAUGUGUUUUGUAAAUAGGACAUGUGAUACUAACCCAGUUGAUGUAAUACUGCCAUGGAUCUAGAACGCUGAUCGUGGCUGCACAUUAUGACAUCACAAUAUGGUUUCCAAUGGCAUCCUAUCACCUAUACAGUGCUACUUCUGACCAGGAAGUGUACUAUAUAGGGAGAAGUAUGCCAUUUAGGAUGCGCCCUAUACAUUUUGGGUUUCAAUCUUUUUGUUAAAAGAAAUUGGGGGGGGGGGCAUAUUGAUAAUGUAAAAGAAAAAUUCACAUACUCAUUUAAGGCCUGUUGUGUUGGGGAUAUUAUGGAAAACACAUAUUCAACCGUUACAAAAUGAUGCACAGUGUUGACCCAAAGUCUGAUUUCCUUUCAUUCAACUACUACGGCAAACGUAUUUUUUCAAAAUAAAUUUUGUAUCAUUGACGUAUAACGCUUGAUUUUUACAUUAUGGGAAACAAAAAGCUUGCAAUCUUUUCCGCAUAAAAUAAAUUAAAAAGAAAUAUUUAAAAAAAUAUUUUAAAAACUAAUGUUACUAUUCAACAGCAAUAUAUUUGUAAAUGGCUAAGUGUUUUAUCUAACUUUGACUCAUUAUUGUACAACAUUUGAUUGAAAUUGUGAUUAGUUGAGUACAAUUGAAUAGUAGUACUACAACCUAAAUGAAUUUUCGUUGUCCAUAUACGACCACUUUGUGUACUGUGCCUUCAUAACGUUAUACCAAGCAUUAUACUUAUUUAUUAUUUAAAUGAUUAGAAAAUAUGCAUUGAUGUCUGGAGGAGGGACGGGGGACAGUGUACGUUGUUUGCAGUAACGUUUUUGUUGUAAUAUCACAAACGGAUGUGGCAGUUUCACCAUUAAAGGAUUCCAGCUGUAAAUUCCUUAUGAAUGAAUGUUUGGCGAUGUAUGAAAAAUAUAAGAUAUAAUCUAAACCAAUGAAAAAAAUACAUAUAAAAGACAACUAAAUGUAAUUGUUAAUAAACACAAUAAUAUCUGUAUCACACAAGAGAGGCAUGUGCAUAAGAUAAUUCACCAACAACGUCAUCGUUUUCAUUGUUUUCCCACUCCGGUCAGGAGGUCAAGGUUUCCUCUGUUCAACGGCAUGGCAGGAGAUUGACACAAAACGGAAUAGCAUGCUAAAACAAAUAGAUUGAUAGCUUUAAAAAAAGAAAAGAAGAACUUUUAAUUAUUUUGUAUCAUAUUUUUCAUUCUGUUUGAAAGAGAGAGGGAGAAAUAUAGUGAAUUUGUAUAUUUAGGGGUGAAGACAUUUAAUUUUGUAUAGCACUUCCAUGUUUUCUGUCACAAUAUAACAACGUGUAUCGGGUUGGGUGGAGUGACUUGCUUAGCGCAGUAUGUUUGUCAGUGAGUUGUGGGGGGGGGUGGGGUGUUUGGCAUCAUAGAUAUUGAACCAGUUAAUCAUUGUUACUCUACAGGUAUACAGCUACUGCAAUAAAUGUUUUCAAUAUGUG